GCUGGCCAUUGCGUGCUCCCUGUCAUGUCGUGUAUUGGUAACUGCUCGAGUGUUUACGGACGUGAGUCGUGAAAGGUUGAUCGGGGAUAUGGCGUGUGAAUCAGCUGAGUAGCCGCACGAAGCGUAGCUCGCGCGAGUUGUCUCAUGAACGACAGUGGCGGGUCGCUGGAGUGACGCAACGACGACUGUCGUGCUAGCAGACGAUCACUGAAGGCCAAGAAACAUGUACUUCGGAAGACUGCUGCUUAUAUAAGCGACGUUAUUUCUUCGUGACAUCCGUUCGUCUGCCGCAGUACCGAAGCGUUCGUCGUCGUCGUACAACAUACACAAUUCCCGGAGUUAACAAACGUUGAGUGUUCGACGUGACGCGCAGUCAAACAAUUCGUCGACGUUGGCUUGGACUCAAGUUCAGUCGCAUUGGAUAAAGAAAAAUCGCUCCACGGCAGAAUAACUUGUUAGCCGCCGCGAUCGAUCGGCACAUUUCACGACAAUGAGUCGUCAGAAUGCGACUCAAAUCUCAUUAGCCGCGCAGUAGUACCUUCUCGAGAUAGCUCGGGAUUCUCCGAGUUUACGUUGCAAUUCGCGACAAAGCGAUCGGGAAUACAAGCGUCCGGAAAGCUGCGAAAAUGGGUGGCGGCGGGCCGAGCAACAGAAGCAUCUUCUCGUACGACACGCUGGUGCACGCGAUAUCCGGCGCGGCGGGUAGCGUCGUCGCGAUGGCUGCAUUCUAUCCCUUGGAUACUGUGCGGAGCCGCUUACAAUUGGAAGAAAGUCGGCAGUCGAGGAACACGUUGGCUACAAUACAAGAACUCGUGGCGAAGGAAGGGCCGUGCACGCUAUAUAGAGGCAUCGUUCCUGUUCUGCAGAGCUUGUGUGCCAGUAACUUCGUUUACUUCUACACAUUCCACGGUCUAAAAGAACUAAGAAGCAGGAGAAACCAAACUGCAGGAAGUGACUUACUUCUUGCGUCGAUAGCAGGUGUUAUCAACGUUCUCACUACAACACCUUUAUGGGUCGUGAACACAAGGCUAAAAAUGAGAGGAAUAGAUACCACUCCGGAAAGAAAUAACAACGAAUACGAUACUUUGUACGAUGGACUCGUGCACAUAUGGAGAUACGAAGGAUUGCAACAUCUCUGGGCAGGUACGCUGCCGAGUCUGAUGCUAGUCGUGAAUCCCGCAAUUCAGUUUAUGACAUACGAGAGCAUUAAAAGAAAAAUCAACGCGUCUCUCGGCGAUGCUUCGCCACCGGCGUGGGUUUUCUUUACCAUCGGUGCGAUUGCGAAAACGAUCGCCACGUCGCUCACGUAUCCCCUGCAGCUUGUACAGACAAAGCUAAGACACGGACAUAAAUAUCCUAAUCUAUCUCCAAACGCAAGCACUCUGCAAAUAUUAUUUUACAUUCUAAAAAAACAAGGGAUGCGUGGCUUGUAUAAAGGGAUGGAGGCGAAGCUGUUGCAGACCGUCUUUACAGCUGCCCUGAUGUUUUUGGCCUACGAGAAAAUCGCGCGAUUCGUUUUCCGUAUACUUCUGCACAGGCCCGUGCUUAGAUAACGAUUGUAACGUCGUAACGGCGAAAUGAAUUUAAUAUGAUUUGAAUUGACAUUUCAGUCUUCAGGUCAGAUCUCUUGGGUCGGUAUUCAUGGUUGUCAAUUACCCGCAAGCUGUGGUUAAAAGCGUAAUUAAUUAUAUAUUUGUAUUCAUAGGCUAUUAGAAUCAAUAUUCCACUUGAGAUAACUGUAUAGAACUGAUGAAUAAUCAGAGUUUCACGAAGCUAUUACUUGUCAAAUAACAACGCACUAUGAAUACCGA